AUGUAUGACAUAAAUAGUGCGAAAUGCGCUGAAAUAAAAAGUGCGGAACUUGGUGUAUUGAGCAGCCAAGAACUAAAAAGAAUUUCCCUUGGUAAAUAUGAAAAUCAGUUACAAGAAUUUGAAAAGAUUUCAAAAGAUGGAACAUCAAAUCGAAUUACAUAUGAUCCCAGAUUUGGGACUAUAGAUUAUUCACAAAUAUGCUCUGUUUGUUUUGAAAAGCAUGAUGGUUGUUUAGGUCAUAUUGGACACAUAGAGUUUGUGUUGCCAGUAUUUAAUCCACUAUUUUAUAAAGAUUUACAAGAGUUACUAAAUUUAGUUUGUUAUAAUUGCUAUGGAUUGUGCUACUCAGAAGAUGUCAUAUUUUUAUUAAAACAUAUUUAUCAAUUAAAAUCGUUAAAUGAAAUUGAAAGCUCAAACAAAUUUAUAAUAAAAAAAAAUAAUGAAAAUGAAUAUGUAGUUAGUGAAAUAGAAAGGUUAUAUAAUAAAAUAUGUAAAGAAUCAAAUAUUACUAUAGAAGAUAUAGUUGAAUCUAUUUGUCAGGAUUAUGAAAACAGUUUUGGUAAUAGUGGAAAUGGUAAUAAUGAAAAUGGUUCCCAUGAAGAUAACCAAACAUAUGAGUUAUGGAAAAAAAUAAAUGAUGAUAUGUACAGCGAUGAUCAAAAAAAUCAGGGUGAUUUUAGUAAAAAAUUUGCAAAAAAAAAAAACAGUAAUUAUGAUUUAAAAAAUCAAAAAUCAAAUCAAGAAAUAGAAAAUAAAGAGACAAAAGAAAAAAUAAAAUUCCUAAAGGAAAAAAUAAAAAAAUAUAAGUUUGAUAUAAGCAAAUUAGCUUUUCAAUCAAAUUAUAACUAUGAAGAAUAUAUAAUUUUAAAUAAAGCUAUAAAACUUCAUAUGAAAAAGGGAGCUAAUUGCUCAAAUUGUAAAUUUCGUAGGAGUAUAACAGUAAAAACAUCUCAAAAAAAAGAUACUAUUAAUUUUAUUGGGACAUAUACAAAUAGCUCGUUUUUUAAAAAGUAUAUUUCUAAAAAUAAUAAAAAUGGAUCAUUUGAAGAAUAUGGAGAUAAUGACGAGGAUGAUGAUAAUUUAGAUGAUAAUAAAAUAAAUUAUGAUAAUGCAGAAGUAGGAAAAGGAAAUAAACGAGGUAAAGAAAUAAAAUCUGAGAAAAGAAAAAAUUUGAAUAAUUUAGAAAAUGGAGUUAAUCAAUUUCUAGACGGAGUUUAUAAUAAAAAAGGUGGAGAUGAAGAGGAUAAAUUGUUCAAAGAUGCUGUAGCUUCAUAUAAACGGAAAGCAUCCAAUGAAAAAUGUACAGUUCGCUUAUUUAGUUUUCAAAUUAUCGAUUUAUUAAAAAAGAUUUUUGUACAAGAUAAUAAAGAAAUAAUUAAUUUGUUAUACCCAUUUACAAAAAAAGAUGGAUACCAAGUAUUUUUUUUAUAUUAUAUGGGAAUAAGCUCAAAUCGUUUUCGAACUCAAUCUAGAGGAAUACAUAAAAGAACAAAAAUUACAAAUUAUAUAUGCAAACUAAAUAGUUUUGUAAAAUUAUGUAUAAAUAGCAAAAAAAAUAUAGAUUUUGAUUAUUUGAUAGAAUACAAUAAAAAUGAAUUAAAUUUAUAUAAUGAAAUGUUUUUAUUAUUUUCUUUAAGAAUACGACCAAGAGCAGUUUCGAGUUCUAUUGAUUUUAACAUCGAAAUAGCAAAAUCCGAUUUUUUGCGAUGCUAUUCACUAAUUUAUAAUAAUAAAAUUGCUUAUUUGAAUAUUUUAUUUUCUAAUUUACAACUUACAAUAAAUACAUUUCUUGAUAGCACCUUGAUUGAUAAGCGACUUCAAAAAAAUAUGGAUAAUAUAAGUAUAAAAGAUAUAUUAGAUAAAAAAGAAGGAAUAUUAAGAAAAAAUAUAAUGGGGAAACGUGUAAACAAUUGUGCUCGUACAGUUAUAUCCCCUGAUACAUUUAUUGAAACAAAUCAAAUUGGAGUUCCUAUCGAAUUUGCUAAAACGUUAACUAUUGAUGAACAUAUAACUGAAAAUAAUUUUGAAUAUAUAAAAAAAUUAAUUGAAAAUGGGCCAGAUAUAUAUCCAGGUGCCUUAAGUUAUAAAGAUAGUCAAGGAAGAGUAUUUAAAUUAUCACAUUCUUAUGAAAAUAGAAUGAAACUAAUAAACGACCUAACAAAUUUAUUACGCAGAGAAAAAAAAGAAACUUUAAUUUUGCAUAGGCAUGCUAGAGAUGGAGAUAUAGUCAUAAUGAAUAGGCAGCCAACUUUACAUAAAUUUUCUAUUAUGGCUCAUUUUUUAAAAAUUUUUGAAAAAGAGAAAGUUUUUAGAUUAAACUAUGUUAAUUGUAGUAGUUAUAAUGCUGAUUUUGACGGAGAUGAAAUGAAUCUACAUCUAUUACAAACACCUUUAGCACGUGCAGAAGCAACACAUUUAAUGAAUUCCGAUUUUUUAUUUACAAGUUUUAAAGAUGGAUCCCCUUUGCGAGGAUUGGCUCAAGAUUUUAUUCUUGGUGGAUUGCAUCUUACUUCUUUAGAAACAUUUUUAAAUUAUGAUGAAUAUUGCAACUUAUUACAAUGCUCCCUUAAUGGCUUACUUCGUCAAAAAAAUACAUUUUUUUUCAGCAAAGCAAAAAGUAGAAACAUUUCUGGCAGUUCAAAUACAAAAGAUGGAAAUAUGAAUUCAGGAGAUAAUGAUAAAAGUAUAUCUAAUUCAUUUCGUGGGAUAAAUGCAAAAAUAUCUAAUUAUAGCUAUAUAGAUCCAUAUGCAUCUAAUUUAAACAGAACAAACUUUACUAUAAAAACAGAAGAGCCAACUAUUUUAUUUCCUAAGAAACUAUGGACAGGAAAACAAUUAAUAUCAAGUAUUUUAAAAACUAUCAUAAACGAACUAGCCAUUGAAACCUAUAAUAAACAUGGAGAUAAUAGUUUUAUGGAAAACUUUAAAGGAAUAAAUUAUGUAGCAAAGGCCAAAACCGAUCCUGAAUUAUGGUCAUUUGAUCCAAUAAAAGAAUGUGAAAUUAUUAUUAAAAACUCAGAAUUAUUACAAGGUGUAUUAGAUAAGUUACAUUUUGGAGCUAGCUCAAAUAGUUUUGUGCAUCUAUGUUAUGAAUUAUUUGGACCUAAAUCUGCUGCAGUUAUGCUUGAUUGUUUUGGUCGAUUAUUCAUUAGUUUUUUACAAUUACGGGGUACAAGUUUAAGUUUAUAUGAUUUUAUUUUAAAAAAAAAAGCAAAAGACGAGAAAAAAAAAAUUAAGAAAAGAAUAUCAUUUACAGGAUUCUACUUACAAAAUUUGUUUGUUUAUACAAUUGGAAAAGCAUUAAAUGCGGACAUGAAUAAAAUGGAUGAAUAUAGUAAUAAAAAAAUAAGUAACUAUGAAGAGUGCCAAAAUAUAUUUUCAAAUAAAUUAUAUGAUAUUUAUUUGAAAAAAUCCCAAAUCAUAAAUAAAUAUGAGAGAAAAUUAGGAAAGGAAAUUAAUAUUGGAGAUAAACAUAUGAAUACAAAUUUAUGCUUAACUAAAAAAAAUAUUUCAAAAAAAUUUAAUCUUUUUAAUGAUGAAGAAUUUAAUUUGAAAAAGGAUUUAUAUUUUAUUACAUUUCUAAACAAAGAAAUUGAAGAUAUAUUUAUUCAAAAUAGGAUACUUAAUGGGAAUGUAAAAAAUGAGCAAUCUGAAGAGACUGAGAAAUGUGAAUAUUCAAACUUGACACAUUUGAACUAUAUAAUUAAAAAAGAAAAUUAUGAACUUUUUGAGAAAUAUGUAGUUGGUAAAACUAAGCUUAAUUCAUUAAAUGAACAAGAUGAAAAUGUAUAUUCUGAGUUUGUUAAUAAUAUAGUAAACAAAUUAUAUAAUUCAAUAAAAAAUCCAUCUUUUUAUAAAACAACCACAUUUACAAGUACACAAAUAGUAAAAGUUAUUGAAAAAAUUGUAAAUUUUUUAAAAGAAGCAAAAUGCAACAAAAAAUUAAAAGUAUUUAUUUUAUUUGAAUUAUUUCAAAAUGAAAAUAUAACCAAAUAUUUCCCUUCUUUAAUUGAGCUUGCCAAUGAUUUCAAUACAGAUAUAAGUAGCGAAGAAAUAGUAGAAAAUGUAAUAAAUAAUAUAUUGUUAAAAAAAGAUCUUAAACUUGAAACAGAACAAGUAUCAUCUCAUAAUGUAGAAAAGAACAAAUUUAAUGAUAGUAAAUGGGAAAAAACAAAUGAUGUUAUAUUGAAAAGAUAUUUACAUUUAUAUAGCCGUUUAAUUAAAGUCGAAAAAGAGAAAAAAGGUAAAAUAAAUGAUUCUACUUCAAAAUUCAAACAUGAUGAAGAUGAAGAUAAAAUAAAUGAAACAAAUCUUGAAAAUUCACAGAAUAUAAAUGAAAAUACAAUUAUAGGUAAUCCAGAUAUUAUAAAAAAUUCCUUAAUAUCAAGUUUGCCUUCAUUUGCUCUUAACGAAGAUAUAACCAAUCUUUCAUAUAAUAAUAGAUAUCAAUAUUAUGAGAAAUAUUUAAAUAUAAAAGAUGAAAAAUAUUCACGUUUUAAAUUUUACAGAAUUGAUGAUGUAUUUCACAAAUUAGAUUUUUUAAUAAAUAAUUUUUUUUCAUUAAAAAGAUUAAAUUUUGACGGUUUGCUCGAUUCGUUAUUUCAACCAUAUUUAUGUAGAGUAUCAUCUGGAACAAAUAAUUUAAUAACAAUGGAAAAUUUAAUGAAUAAAUUUUUAGAUAAUGGUUUUAGUAAUAUGAUUUUCACAGGUGCUAAAGGAAGUAAAGUUAAUUAUUCUAUGAUAUGUGGUAUGUUAGAUCAACAAUAUUUAGAAGGAAAAAGAGUUCCAAGAAUGAGAUCAGGAAAAACUUUACCUAGCUUUCAUAAAUAUGAUUAUGGCGCUCGAUCUUGUGGGUUAAUUACAGAUUGUUUUUUAGAAGGUUUAAGACCACAAGAAUAUUUUUUUCAUUGUAUGUCGGGCAGAGAAGGAUUAAUAGACACUGCUGUUAAAACCGCUAAAUCUGGAUAUAUACAAAGAUGUUUAAUUAAAGCAAUGGAAUCAAUAGUACUACAUUAUGAUGGUACUGUUCGAAAUGAAGAUAAUUCAAUAAUACAAUUUCUUUAUGGUGAAGAUGGUAUUGACCCAUCAAAAACAGCUUAUUUAAAUAUUCCUUCUGAUUUAAUAAAUAAUUAUAAUAUAUCAUUUAGUAAAUAUUUAAAUUAUGGAUCAGAUAAACUUAUAUUAAAUAAUCAGAAACUAUUUAUAAAAAAUGAAAAUAAUAAAAAAAAUGAAGAUCCAUUGAUAUGUCAAUAUAACCCAUAUACUUAUAUAGGAUCCAUUUCAGAUAAUUAUAAUAUAAAAUUAAAUAAUAUUCUUAAGAAAAAAAAAUUCAAUUUAACAAAUUAUAAUGAAAAUUUUGAUUCUUUAUCUUCAUCAUUAUUAAGAUCAAAAUAUUUUCAUUCUUUAUGUUCCCCUGGAGAAUCAAUUGGAAUAUUAGUUGCUCAAUCUUUUGGAGAGCCCGCUACCCAAAUGACAUUAAAUACUUUUCACUUAGCAGGAACUGAAAAUGUAACUAUGGGUAUCCCCAGAUUAAAAGAAAUAUUUUUAACUUCAAAAUUAACAUCGAAACCAAUGAUUUAUGUUCCUAUAAAAUUAGAAGAAAAAUAUAUUAACAAUCCAAAUAAAAUAAAAAAUUACAUAACUAACAUUGCAGAUAAAAUUUUAAGUAGUUAUCAAAGUAUACUAUUAUCUGAAGUUAUAUAUGGUAUUGGAAUGGAUAGGAAACUGAUACUUCGUGAUAAAAUAGAAAAUAAAGAAAUUCACACAAUCGUAUUAGAUAAUUUAGGAUCAAAAAAUAACGAAGAAAAUGGAUUCGAUUGGAAUAAAGUUGAUAUAUGUAAAACCACAGAUUAUUCUAAAAUUUUACAAGUUAUAGAAAAUACUAAGUUAAAUUUUGAUCUAAAAAAAGAAUGGGUUCAUGAAAUUGUUAUUCAAUUUGAUAAUUUAAAUCAUUUUUGUAAAGUUAAUAAACAUUUAUCUAUUCCUUUUAUUUUAUAUAAAAUGGUAAAUAUAGUCCUUGUGUCAAUAUUAAAUAAAAUACAAAGUAGUAUAUCUCAUCAUAAUAUUAAAAAUAUUCAUUUUAUAAAUCAUGAGCAUUAUGAUGAAUUAUUUGAUUUUAUUAGUGGAAAGAUGUCUGAAGAAUUUAGUUUUAAUCAUGAAAAAUAUGAAUAUAAAAAUGAUGAAGAAGAAAUUAAUGCAAAACUAAAGUAUAUGUCAAAAAAUUUUGAAGGAAAUAAAUCGGGGGAUGAAAAUGAUUAUGAACGUUAUAACGGUUCUUUAAAGGUUCCAAAAAAAUAUAAUGAAGAAAAUGAUGAUAAUUUUUCAAUAGAUAAUAAAAAUGAAGACACUGAAAAUGAAAAAAAUAAUAAAUCAGAUGGGAAUAAUGAUAGUGAUCAAAACGAUGGAAGAGAAAGUGAUGAAUAUAAGUCUGAACAAGAAGAUAAAGAAUAUGAUGAAAGUGAAGAUGCAGAAAAUGAUAAUGAUACUGAUAGUAUAUUAUCUCAAAACGGACCAGACAGUGAUGAUGAUAUUAAACAUGAAAGUAUGAAUAGUAGCGAAUCGGAUUAUAAUAAAUAUGAUGAAAAACAAAAAAAUAAAGAAAAAAAAAAAAAAAAAUCCGAAAAAAAAAAAAUCCGAAAAAAAAAGUCGAAAUUAUUAAAUGAAACAGACUCAGAAAGUGAUUCCUCUUCAGAUCAAUCCAUAACAGAUUCUUUAAUAAUCGAUGAAGAAUCUAAAGGUUCAAAUAAAUCCAAAAAAGAGGACAAAUUGAACACAUCAGGUAAAAAAAAAAAGCUAAUAGAUGGAAAUGAUUAUAUAAAAAACGAACAACAUAGAAAAGAAAAUAAAAAUAAGUUGAAAGAAGUAAAUUCUGAUUAUUCAAUGAGUAGCGAAAGUGAAGCAGAAUUAAAAAAAGAAAUGAAUAAAAAAUUUUCAGAAUAUUCAUAUGAUUAUAAAAAUCGAAUAAAUAAAAAGAAUUUGGAUGUUAGCGAUUAUGAAGAUCCUUCUAUAGGAAUAUCAGGAAGCAAAAAUAAACUAAAUGAUCAAAAAUAUAUAAAAAACUUGACUGAUAAAAUUAAAAGUAGCUUACUUUGUUUUAUAAAAAAAAUAGAUUUUUCUCCAAUUACAUGGGUUUUAAAAUUUGAGCUGUCUUGGGAUAUAAACUUUUUCCCUUAUCCUAUAGACUUUUUAAGUUGCUUACAAAAUGAAAUAUCCAAAGAAGUUUUAUUUAAAGUUAAAGAUUUAAAUAAUCCAAAAAUUUUGAAAGGAAAAGAUAUAACACAUAGUGGAGAAGAAUAUGAGUUGCAAAUAGAAGGAAGGAAUGUAUACAAGCUUUUUAAUAUUAAAGAUAAAUAUAUUGAUAAAACAAAAUUAUAUUGUAACGAUAUUUAUACAAUUGUUAAAACGUAUGGUAUAGAAGCGGGAAGAUUAUGUAUUACAAAGGAGUUAAAGAAAGUUUUCGAGGCAUAUGGAAUUAAAAUUGAUUUUCGACACUUAUCCUUUAUCAGUGAUUUCAUGACCCACACAGGCGACUUGAAAUCCUUUAAUCGAUACGGAAUAAACGCAUAUCGUAACGUUUUCCACAAAAUGAGUUUUGAAUGUGCAACGUCUUUUAUGAUACAAGGGUGUAUACAAAAUUCAAUUGAUUAUUUAUCAACCCCAUCAAGUAGUUUAUUUUUCGGAAAGCACAUAAAAGUUGGAACAAAUGUAUCCAACAUUGUAACCUGCAUUAAAGGAGGGAAAUGA